AUGUUGUUUUUAAUAGUUCAAUGCUCUAAUUAUAUUUGCUAAACUUCCUGUUGUAAUUAUUAGAAUGAAUGUUCUUUGGAUGAUUGUACACAUUUUGACUAUGUAUAUAACAUAUAAAUUUAGAGAGAUACCAUUAAUUACUUUACAUUAGCAAUUCAAUUGGCUUUUCUAAUAAUAUCUAUAGCGAUACUUUUUUUAUCAAAUACUCCUAAUUACUAAGUCGUACAACAAAGAUAACCAUUAUGA